AUGCCGUACUCGACACUGCCCAAUACCCCAACUAUCCCCGUCGAGCCCUUCCGCGUCGCCAUCCCACAGUCAGACGUCGACGACCUCAAGACUCUCCUCCGGCUGUCGAGAAUCACCAAAGAGACUUAUGAGAGUACCGAAAGCAGCUGUAAAGACAACAACUUUGGGACUUCUACUGCGAGGACUGCAGAGUUGAGGGAUGCUUGGAUGAAAGAUGAUUGGCGCAAGCACGAAGAAUACAUCAAUUCUAUCCCACAAUUCACGGCUGUCUCCAAAACUGAAGAUGACAAGCCUCUCAAGGUGCACUUCGCAGCCCUCUUCUCCGAGAAGAAGGACGCUGCCCCGAUUAUCAUGAACCAUGGUUGGCCUGGAUGUUUCUUGGAAUUCUAUGCGAUCUUGAAACAUGUCGAGGAAACGUAUACCCCUUCUACUCUUCCGUACCACAUCAUCGUUCCAUCUCUCCCUGGCUACGCCUUUUCCGACGCCCCUCCACUGGACCGUGACUUUAGCAUCGACGACGUCGCUUUCGUCUUUAACGGGCUCAUGGAAGGGCUCGGUUUUGGAACAGGGUAUGUAGCGCAGGGUGGUGAUAUUGGAAGUUUCGUCACGAAUGCUUUGGCGGCAAACCAUCCCGCUUGUAAAAUCAUCCACCUCAAUUUCCGAUUCUUCCCCGGUACCCCCACCAACUCUGACAAGUCCUCCUCAGGAGCCGAGGCGACCCCUGCCCAAGCAAUCCCAGCCGCCGAACCUCUAGACCCACUCCUCUCUCUCCAAAUGUUUGGCUACGCCCUCGAACAAGGUACUCGCCCCUCCACCAUCGGCAUCACCGUCGGUGCCAACCCCAUCAGUCUUAUUGCAUGGAUCGGCGAAAAGCUCGUAGAGACGUGUCCUGAUAGGCCAUUGUCGGAUGAGGGGUUGGUGAGGUUUGCGAGUUUGUAUUGGUUUACGGAUAGUUUUGCGUCGUCAAUCUAUCCUUAUCGAUAUGCGUUUGGGAUCAAAAGGAAUGUGCAUAUGGCAGAGAAGGCGUACAUCAGGUGUCCCACGGGGUACAGCGUUUUCCCAUUUGAGUAUUACCAGCCUCCUCAAGAGACGCUUGAGCAAGCCACAAACAUUGUUUACUACAAAGUGCACGACAUUGGCGGGCACUUUGCUGCGAUGGGACAACCAAAGCUGCUUUGGGGUGAUAUCGAAGAGAACAUUACGGCGAACUGGGGCAAGGUGGCAACCUCAUUACUCUUGUGCCCCUCUAUAGAAACUUAG